UCUCCAAUCCCAUUCCAACCUUCGCACGCUGAAUCAUCGAGGGCGAGCGUUCUUGCGACAAAAAUCUCGAGGUUCUCCCGCUAAAUUUGGUCCAGUUUGGCGCAAGUUUGGUGUUUCUUGCGGGCCAUGUCGCAGUACGACGACGAGCUCGCCGGAGUGUAUCCGGACCGGGAAGAAGACCGCCACGCCGACCGGAUGGGUGACUCCGACUACGACGAUGACGAGUUCGACCAAUCUACUAGUAAGGUUACGGAAGGGACCUCGGCUAUGGAUGUGAAGAAAGGGAAGGACAUACAGGGAAUCCCCUGGGAAAGGAUGAGCACUACAAGAGACAGGUACAGGCGGACAAGGUUGAAGCAGUAUGCGAACUUUGAGAAUAUACCUAAUUCCGGAAGGACUUCGGAGAAGGUAUGUACACCUGUGGAGAAAGACGAACUCUACUACGAGUUUCAGCACAACACAAGAUCCGUGAAAUCGACCAUUCUUCAUUUCCAGUUGAGAAAUUUAGUAUGGGCAACGACAAGGCAUGAUGUGUAUCUAAUGUCAUACUAUUCUGUGCUUCAUUGGUCAGCACUGAGUUGUGAGAAGCAAGAAGUCAUUGAUCUUCAUGGACGUGUUGCUCCGUGUGAGCCUUAUUUUCUUUGUGCGUUGAAUCAGAAGCACCAGGGGAAUUUCUCUGAGGGAUUUUAUCAGACUCAAGUCAGUACAAUGGCGGUAAAAAAUAACUUGCUUGUUAUUGGUGGAUUUCAUGGAGAAAUAAUAUGCAAGUUUUUGGAUCGUGAAGGAAUAAGCUAUUGUUGUAAUUCAACACAUGAUGACAAUGGUAUUACUAAUUCUUUGGAGAUAUUUGAGAAACCUAGUGGUUCUGUGCACUUCCUGGCCUCAAACAAUGAUUGUGGAGUUAGAGACUUCGACAUGGAAAAAUUUCAUAUCUCCAACCACUUCCAUUUUCCAUGGGCUGUGAACCAUACAUCACUGCACUUCGAUGGUAAACUUGCUGUCAUUGUUGGGGACAACCCUGAUGGACUUCUGAUUGACGCUAAUUCAGGAAAAACGGUUCAUGAUCUCCGUGGCCAUUUGGAUUAUUCCUUUGCAUCAGCAUGGAACCCAGAUGGCCGAACAUUCGUCACUGGAAACCAAGACAAGACAUGCAGGGUUUGGGACAUCCGCAAUCUCUCAAAAUCAGUUGUUGUAUUGGGUGGCAACAUUGGAGCCAUAAGGUCAAUUCGCUACACGUCUGAUGGAAGGUUCAUGGCGAUGGCAGAACCUGCGGAUUUCAUCCACAUCUUUGAUGUCGCGAGUGGGUACAGCAGGAAGCAGGAACUGGAUUUCUUUGGUGAGAUUGCAGGCAUUUCAUUCAGUCCCGACACCGAGGCUCUCUUUGUUGGCGUGCACGACCGCACAUACAGCAGCCUCCUCCAGUUCAAUCAGCGACGGUUCUACUCGUACCUUGAUUCAGCCCUGUGAAUUAGCUUCUCGUAGAGAUCUCUGAGAUCGAGGUCACAGGUUGUAGAUACGAUAAAGGGGUGUAUAAAUCUGUAGGUGUUGCUCUGAAGAAACUGAAGAGCAUCCGCAACGGAGCGUAUGCUUUUUUCUGAACAAGCUGUAGAUGUUCAGCGAACCAUCUUUUCGAAGAUUUGUGCUGCUGCUGCUUCUGCUGUAACGUUGCUGUAUAUAAAAGGUUAGUUGAUCUAGAGUUCCACACGCAUUGAUGUCUCUGAACUCUUGAAACAUCUUGUCUCCUGCGAGAAAAGUAGUUCAAGCAAAACGGAAGUGACUGCAUAUUUGAAAAUUUGAAAACAGCAGUAGUUUAAUCGGUUCAAA